AUGUAUUGCGUCGGUGAAACAUCUGUAGGACUUCCAGUAUGUGAUCACAAGAAUUACGAGAAAUACAAAAAUGCUGCCAGAGACUAUUUAGAACUACAGGCAGCUAAAGCUGCCAAUCCAUUAGUUCUCGUUCCAGCCCUAUACAAAUGGACUUGGAUAUACAGAAAGAGCAUGGAAGUCAUUUCAAUUUUACAAGAAUUUUCUAGCAGCGUCCUCGCUGAGAAAAAGCAACGUAUAGAAGAAGACAAACAAUAUUUUAAAAAAGAAAAGUCGUUAGGUUUAUUGGAUCUACUAUUGAAAGCUAGAGAAGAUGGUGCAGAUAUCGAUGACACUGGAAUUAGAGAAGAAGGUCAUGAUACUACAGCUACUUCAUUAUCUUUUAUCUUGUUUGCGUUAGGAAAUGAGCCCGAUAUACAGGAACAAAUUUAUGAAGAAACUGUUAAUAUUCUCGGAGAUUCAGAAACACCAACUUUUAAUCAAUUAAGAGAGCUAAAAUAUUUGGAAAGAUGUAUCAAAGAAGCCUUACGACUAUAUCCGAUUGCUCAUGCCAUAUCCAGAAAAGCUGGCGAAGAUAUUAAAACGAAAAACGGAUGUGUCAUUCCUAAAGGAUGUAACAUUUUUAUAGACAUAUUUGAUGUACACCGGCGACCAGAAAUAUGGGAGAACCCAGAAAAAUUCGAUCCUGAUAGAUUUCUGCCGGAGGUCACAGCUAAACGAAGUCCUUUUGCUUAUAUUCCGUUUAGUGCAGGAAGUAGAAAUUGUAUAGUUUAA